AUAGUUUUAAGAAAUUCCUCUGGGUUGAGCUGUCAAGUGAUGUUUUGAACACAUCAUAAUAUGUGAUCAAGAAUUUUUGUUGUGUGGAACAGAGCUGAGUUGUUAAUUAAAACUUUACCUAUUCGGAUAAUCAGUAUGGCAUUUACACUGUGGAACUUGUUUGAGGCAUCCUUGCUGUGUCUGAACGCAAUCUGCAUUCUGAACGAGGAGAGAUUCCUGGUGAAGAUUGGAUGGAGCGCCAAGAGGGCACCAACUGGAUUCGGUGAGAAUCCAACGGCAAAGGCUCAGAUAUUAAAUUUGAUCCAUUCAAUCCGUACAGUCGCCCGCAUUCCUUUGAUAUUACUCAACAUAGUCACUAUACUACUUAAGUUACUGCUGGGAUAGAUAGGAAACAGGAUGGAUUUUCGAAGAUGUCAUUUAUUUUGUCUGUUUACAUUUUAUAUAAGAAUUUAAAAUAAACUUACUGCUUAAUUGUAAA